GUAGGAAUGAUAAACAUUGACAAGCAGCUGUUCCUUCAGUAUUAUGUUACACAGUUCACGUGUGAGAUUUCACUGCGCCAACUGUAGCCGAGAGUUGUAGAAGAAACCACGUUGUAUCACAAUUAACACAAUGGAGCCCGUCAUAAAAAUAAAGCCGGCGUUUGUGGUAGAAACCUGCUUCGUUUUCUCUCCAGGAGCGUCGAAAUGGGACAUUCGUCAGAAAGUUUGGGACUACAUCGAAGAAAAGAAUCUGGCCAACUUUCCGAGGCCUGUUCACAACAGAAUCCCAAAUUUCAAGGGUGCAAUUCAAGCAUGCAACAGGCUUGCAGACCUGCAGGAGUUCAAGCUGAGCCAGACAGUCAAAGUAAACCCAGACAGACCCCAGCAGCAGGCUCGCUUUGUCACUCUGGAAGCAAGGAAAACUUUAUUGGUCCCAACUCCUCGUCUUCGCACCGGUCUUUUCAACAAGAUUACUCCUCCACAAGGAGCCAGCAAAGAACAACUACGCAUAUGCUCUUCCUCUCAGGGUGUGAAAGACUUCAGUGUACCUGUUGGCCUGGAUGCAAAGGUGAAGGUAGACCUGGUGGUGGUCGGCUCUGUGGCUGUGUCAGAGAAAGGCUUUCGGAUUGGAAAAGGAGAGGGCUAUGCUGACAUGGAGUAUGGCAUGAUGGCCUCAAUGGGAGCUGUGGAUGAGUCGACUGUGGUGGUUACUGUUGUCCACGACUGCCAGGUUGUGGAUAUUCCAGAGGAGCUUAUGGGAAGUCAUGAUCUGACUGUAGACUACAUCCUAACACCCACCAGAGUAAUUAAAACAAAUUGCCAGCUACCCAAGCCACAGGGGAUCAUCUGGACCAAGCUGGACACAGAAAAGCUGGAGAAGAUCCCCAUCCUGAGGAAGCUGCGUGCUCUGGAGGAGCAGGCUGGGAAGGAUGUGACACUGGGGGCAGCGCCUGUUGCAGCAGAGCCUGUUCUGCAGACCAGUCAACCAAAAAAGCAAACCAGACGGAGGCCAAGGCAGAGCACUGAGCAGGAUGCUGAGGGAGAAUCCAGACAGGAGAAAAGAGUGGAGGCAGAACAGAAAGCCAGACAGCGCCCAGCUAGAGUGAGGAAAGAAAGCCGAGGAGAAGGCAGGGGAGGCAAUGAGGGAGAAACCACCAAGACUGUAAAGGGAAAAAGCAGAGGGAAGGAGCAAGGCCCAGAAGAGGGUGGAGGUGAAGCAGGGUCACAGCGUAAGCUCCCUCUGAGUGUGACCACAGUUUACCUGGGGGGAAUCCCUGCUGGGCUGCGGGUUAGUGAGCUGAAAACUGCCCUCAGAGAGCGAGAGGCUGCUCCACUGAGGCUCACCUGGCAGGGAGCUCAACACAGGGCCUUCCUGGACUACAGCGACCCUCAGGCUGCUGAUCAGGCCCUGGAGGCUCUGCAGGGUCUCUGUCUGAAUGAUCACAGCCUGCAGGCCGAGCUGGCCAAGAGCCAACGGGGCAGCAAGAGGUCUGGACAGUCCAGUCGGAGACCAAGACCAUCAACCGCUCCGAAGUCCAAAACAACACCACCAGAUACGAAGAAUAACACUGAAAAGACUGAGCAGUAAAAGCUAUAUGCAGUACACAGGCCCAAAAGUAUUCAUUUUGGUACACGUCUAAAUACCUAAAGAAGAUUUUAGCUUGUUUUAUAAUAUUUUUUGAUUUACUACAAGAGGAUCUCCGUUAUAAUUUAAAGAGCUUAAUGGUAACUAAAAAUGUGAGGAAUUUAAUUACUGAACCACAGCAUUAUAAAGCAGAAAGGGAUUUUUUUACAGAGCAUCUCACAGUGCUUAAACAUAGACGAAUGUGCCUUGUUUUAUUUACACACUCCUGGUUUGUGUGUCCUGAUGGCCUUUCUUCCCUCAGUGUGUUUUUUUUGACGGAUUCCUAGAUAAACACUACAGUUAUUUCCUGUUUGAGACCUAGACCGACUACAGUCUAUCAGUGUAACAUAGAUUUAAAAAGUAAGUGUUUAGAACUUUUUUUCUACAGCUAUCUGUCACUCUCACCUCCUCAAAGAUAUCUGUGUUCUCAGACCUUUUUUUCUGCUUGUUAUUUAUUCCAAAAACCUUAAACUGAGGCCUUGGGUCAAAGAAUAGCUGCUUAGUUUUUGUUGCAGAUGGCACCACCGUGUGGCCAGUUAUGCGAUUUAGACAUCCAUGAAGCAUGUAGUGUAUAGUAAAAUAUACAUUUCGUGGUCUAGCAUUUAUGUAUCCUUAUGGGCCACAACAAUGUUUGACUACACAGAUUUCCCACUAUUUUUUUUUUUUUUUUGGAAAGCACAUUUUUUGCCACCCCACAAAUUUCAUCCAGUCUCAUUAAAUCUAUCAAAUUUGAAUGCCUUUAAAACACCAUGUACAUUACACAUUUUUUUUUCUAUUCCAUUACCAAGAUGUGAAAUAGUUGUGGCCCAUUUGACAAAAAUUGCCAUAAAUCUUGGAACACACUGUGCAAUUUCAGCCAAAUUUAAAGGACGUGAACACGCUGCCAAUGCCAUUUUGAUUGCAAACUAAAGAAAUUUCAUAGGUUUAUGUACUUAUAAUGUACUAGAAAUUAACACAAUUUGAAGAUUUAAAGCUACAUGCAAUCCAUAAACAGGUAAACUUUUUUUAAAAUUUCAACCAAACUAUACAGGAUUGUAUAACCUUAAUCCAAGUUCUUAGUUUCCACUUAUAGAGUUUUUCAAAGUAUUUUAGAAAUAGAUGCAUUUGUACCUUUUAUUGAUUAAAAACAACCUUUUCAGUGCAUUCUGUUUGGUUAGGUCAGUGUGAGUAUGAUGCCAGCCUCAAUGCUGAACGACAGUUGUGUCACAUAACGUUCUUUACUAAAGAGUUUGACUGCA